AUGAAUGUCGAAUCAACAAUUUCUCAGAAGCAAAUCGCUUUGCCUACAACCAUGCAUAUUCAACCACUACAGCCAAUACCCAUAGCCAAUACCCGUGACAUAAAAUACACUUGGCCAGAAGCAAGUAGAAGCCCCAGUAUAUCGUCCUCUACUUCAGACGAUGAGGAGGAGGAUGACGACGACUUAUCAUUAGAGAUUGUCGCAGAAAGAUCAUCUACACCACCAACGCCCUGUUCGUCAGUAUGUCAUGAUAAAUUCAUGUACACAUCAUCCUGUGAUAACUAUUUACAAUAUAUAGAGCCAAACCCAGUUCUGCCACCUUCCUAUGACACAUUACCGCCAGGUGGAUGUCCAAGAUUUCCAGUAUCGGCACCAUCAAUUUUCCCCUAUUCCGCGGAAACCGUCUGCGAGAAUAGUGAUUUACAACCACCUGCAUACAAGCCGGCUAUUUAUAAGAUAGGAGUUGUUGCAAGAAAAAUGGAAUGGAUCAACCCUAACGAAUUAUCUCCACAUAGAUCGUGGAAGUAUUACAUUAUAGAAUUGAAUUCCACACAGUUGAACUUUUACAAUGUGCCUGCUAAGUAUGAACAUCAGCUUGUCACUUUCACCCCUGACUCGUUGACGAGUCAACAAUCAUUUCCAAAUUACGAUACAAACUUAAACUCGCUAUUUACUUGCUCCGCAGAUCAUCAGUUUUACGACAUGGUCAAAAAAAUGGGGUUGAUAGAGAGAAAUUCGGGUUGCAGUAAGAAGGGGAAGUGCCUUGUUCGUUCAUAUUCGUUGCAAAAUUCGAAAAUCGGGUUAGCUACUGAUUACAAGAAACGUGCAAAUGUAUUACGAAUGAGGGUAGAAGAAGAGCAAAUGCUACUCAACUUUGGUAAUGUGGAUGAAGUGAUUACUUGGAACUUGCUGUUGAAUGUUGGUAAAGAUGUGGCUCUCGAUCUUACAGAGAGAGAACUCCCAAAGUACAGAACAGUGCCCAGGAGAAGACGGAGAAAUAGAAAUACAGAGAACAAUGGAAGCAGUUCACUUCUCAGUGCUAUUCAUCCAAAUGGCUCUCUUGCAAGACUCAGAUCUGCUUCUGAUCCUAACAAGUUUAGAGGAAGAUUUUCUAGAUUAAAGUCAAAACUAUCAUCAGCUAAAUUAUCGGCUUAUAACAACAAGCAUGCUGUGGAGCCAGCAGCAAUGUAUCUGAACAACAGCCUUCCACACUCGACUUUUUACAUCCAACUACCCACACCAGUAAGCACAUCAUCAAGUGAAUCUAUUGAUGCAACAAGAUCGAAUUCAGUUUCAGAUUUCCGAAAUGUAUCGAGUACAGACAUUUCCGAGACUGAACCUCACGAGGACGAUGACGAGGAUGAAGAAGAUGAAGAUGGAGGAGAAUAUGAUCAGGCAUCAGUAAACUCAGUCACAAAUGUACAUGUGGAAGCAAGUCCUUCAUACUGCUACAAAUGGAGUCCAGAAAAAAAGUUUGAUAAGCACAAAUAUCAUCGUGAUUGUUUGAGAUGCAUCAAGCCACUCUUGUAUAAUUAA